AUGGAAGUUAACGCGCGCAAGAGGCAUAACGCUGCCAGGGGAGUUUCCCCGAGGCCGACAAGGACUGUUAAGCCAGUCAGAAAGACCUACCUUACUGUUACGAAGUUCAUCAAGGAUUAUGCAGUCGUACUUACAUUGCUUGGUGUCUUAGCACUGGGCCUUGUUCUGAAAUAUUUCGAAGAUAGCUACCAUUCUAUGGAAAACUUUACGGAAUUCGGUGAUGAUAUAUAUGCUGUACUUGGAAUUUCACGCUCCGCGACGGAUGCUGAGAUCAGAGCGAAAUACCGCCAACUGAAUCACAAGUGGCACCCAGACAAGAAUCCAAACUGCAGUGAUUGUAAGGACAAGUUUAUGAAACUGAAAGCUGCUUACAAGAUCUUAAGCAAUCCUGAACUGAAAAGGCUGUAUGACCGAACUAAUGGCAGAACUGUAGAUGUUAUACCCUCUACGACAACUGUCUUAACACAAGCAAAUUAUGAUGAACUUGUGACCGAUUCCGGGGAUGUCUGGGUUGUACAAUUGUACUCUGACGACGUUCACGAAUGUCAAAAUUUCGCCAAACACUGGGAGGAGGCUGCCAAUAAACUUGGACAUUUUGCCAGUUUCGGACGUGUAAACGGUCUUUUAUAUCCAAAGGCCGCUAAAAAAUUGCCUAUCAAAGCACAACUGCUACCGGCAGUGAUGAUGAUCUUCCCUGAUGGUGGAUAUGACCUGUUCCCUCAAGAAGUAUUACGGUCGUUCAGGCAGUUUAAGGAUUAUUUCUUGCAAGUGUACCCAAAUGUGGUGAUCAACUGCACAGACUACGAUGACUUCAAAAAAAAAGCUGCCGCUUCGAUCGACCGUCCGGCCAUGUUGUUCCGCAACUAUGGGCCAGGGCGUCCGGUACCGAUUACGCUUAUGAAUAUCGCAAUGAAGUAUAAAUGGGCAUUUGAUACUUACUGGCUGUCUUCUGAAGUACACCUUCACGCUGACCCAACGUUCAUGAAUGACCUCAUGGGCGUGUCUAACGGGGAUAACAACAUACCGGAGUCUACUGCGGCAUUCCAAAUGAGUAAUACUGUGGACGCUAUAGCGAUGCUUUAUGGCGCUGGUGCAUCUUCCUUAAUGGCCACUGCUCCUUAUUCACGAGGUGCCCUGGAACCGAUUCGACGCAGCAUAAAUUCCAUGGUAACGCUGUUAUAUCCUCCCUUAGAAUUAUCACGUGAAUCAUUCCGACACCUCUGCAAGGAUGAAACCGGCACGAUACAUCGAUUCUGUAUAAUACUUGCAGGUGAAUCAUACUUAAACUUUCAGGAGAAGGACAUUUUAAAGAUGUUAGCGCAGUUUGAACGCGAUUCGGGUAUAGGCAGCAUAUUCAUCCCUCGGCUGGAGUCUGCGGAGCCUGCUCCUGCGCUCACAAAAUCUGCAGAUGUCAAGCUUGCGCGCCUGCCAGAACAACGCUCUACACGUAUGAUCCGUGACAUGAUCGGCAAUGCUGUUAUUGUUUUGGAUGCAGCGCGCAAUAAAUUCUGUUUGAUUAAGUCCAACGGUGGUCUAUACAGUUGCGGUAUAGAUGAGGACGCAGGUCUGUCCUGGGUUAUGGAUAUUGCAGAGGGUGCUUAUGAUACGCUUUCUUGGUUUGAAGUAAGCAGAGCUUUUGGAGGUUCCUUUGAUGAUAUGUGUAUUAUCCGGACCAGACGUUGGUUCUAUUUCUUUUGA